AUGGUGAUAGCAGGCGAGUUGUCCGGCGAGGCGCUCGUGUCUUAUGUGUUGCGCACCGACGGUGAUGCGGUGCGACUUUUUGGCGCUGACGGCGUGAUGGCCGAGCCCGCGCUUAAACGGGUGUACAAGGCGCUGGCGUUGCGCCUUCACCCCGACAAGAACACGCUGCCCGGUGCACAUGAGGCCUUUCAGGUUCUUCAGCAAAACUUCGAGGGCACGCUGGAGGCGCUCCGGUCCAAGGCGCCAGCAGGACGAAAGUCACCGCCAACUUCUUCUUCGCCGCCCUUCAAUGGGCCCACCGCCCCGCCUCCUCCGCCUCCUCCGCCGCCCCCUCCGCUAUUUACUGCUUUUGCCCAGUCUUCACUCCCUGGCGACCGCAAGAAAGAGCAACGGCAGCGCCCUCGUGUCGUUGCGGACAACACUUUGUUCGAAAUUCCGCUGCCGCCCGAUAUUUUCGCUGAAUGCGUGGCACAUGAUAACCCCACGCCUACUGAAGCCUCAGCGACUUCUCGCAGGGCGAAGCCACCUGCGAAGCGGACGGCGCCCCUCCCUGCUCUUGAUUUUUCUAGCGGCGAUGACGACCGCGAGGAGGAGAGCGGGGGUCGUCAAGCACCUCGGCAAGGUGAUGGUUGCGGGCCUGCAAACUGUGAGCUGAACGCGGAGCGAAAGGCCGCGCUGAGGAAAAAACGGGGAAAAAGCCGUCGAACGCUAAUGCAGCUUUUUGCAGAGUUCAACAUCUCGGACGAAGAGGAAGACAAGGCGUCUGUUCACCACCCGAAGAGCAAAGAGUCAUUCCAGCGGCAGCAGCCUGUCCCUGGGAAACCCGAUUCCUCUGGGGCAUCCGCAGCCGUAGCGUGCCCCAGAUGUGGUGUGGGCGUGUUUUAUGUUCAUAUUGUGUCGGGCGUGGUUUGCCCGUCCUGUUCUGCACAGUUCGUGCCGGCUGCUGUAAGCAUGAUGGGCGCCAAGCGUCACGCAACUGGAGGCAGGAAGGAAACUACAUCGCGCGCCGAGUUAUGUGCUUGUGGGAAGGCGAGAAAAGGAUUAUGCUUUAUCUGUGACUGA